AUGAAUUAAAUAUACUUAAAGCCACUUGAUGAAACUUGUGAUAAUCCAUAGUUACAUGAGGCAACCAAAUUGUUUCUAACAUUGAAUAAAGAGAAUCAUACAAGAGAAGAAUUACAUUACAUUUUAUAAAGAAUGGAAGAACUGCCAUACUUUAAACAAUUCGUUUUGGAGAAAUUGUAGAAGGGAACAUAGAGGAACGAUAUUUUGGAAGUAGUUUUAUUUGUAAUAAUCAUAGUUGUGUUCUCGUUUAAGAAUGGAAUACUUUAAAGGAGGAGAAGUGUUGUUCUAAGAGAAUGAUACCUCAAAUGAUAAGCUUUAUAUGAUAUAAUAUGGAGAAGUUAUGUUAAUGAGGUAGAAAAAGAUGGAUUAGUUGAUGUCUUUAUAGAGAUAGAAUUCAGAACAAGUUCAACAACCAUAACUAAAAAUGACUUAAAUUCUAAAUGUCAAGAAGUUUACAAACAAAAUUAUAAGGCAUCAUAACUUUCAUAAAGAGACAACUAUUUCUAAGGAUUAGAAAUAACAAUUAGAACAUAAAUAUGGAGAUUGUAUUAGAUUGUUGGGUGUAGGUACAGGAUUUGGAGAGAAAGCUUUGGUUGAGAAUAUUCCUAGGUCAUUAACAGUAGCAUGUUAUAGUCAUGAAUUAUUUGUGAUAGUUUUAAAGAAAGAUGAUUUUAUUACAUAUUAAAUGACAUUUGAAAAAACAAAGAAGGAAAAAUAGUAAUUGAUGUUCAAAAUAUUCAAAAGUAAAGGAAAUAAUUUAAUAUUUUAGAUGUGAAUAAUGAAUAUUCAUCUUAGAGAUUGGAAAGCAUGAUUUAUAGUUGUUAGACAAUUACUUAUGAUAGAGGAACUUAAUUAGCAAUGGAGGAUGAGGAAGGAGAUGUAUUCUAUUUAGUGAUCAAUGGAGAUUUGACAUUAUAGAAAAAAAUAGAUAAUCGGAAUGUCUCUUUGUGUAUAAUAUCUUCAGGACAUUUGAUGGGUGAAGAAAUUAUUAUCAAUAAGACUGGUAGAUAUGAAUAUAGUUCCACUGUGACAUCAUUAUUAGCAACAGUGAUUGUAAUAGAUGCAAAUGAAUUUAUUCAUAAGUUUCCAGAAGAAUGCAGAUUAUAAUUAAUAGAAGAUUAUGGUCCUAAGACUGCUAAUAGAUAGAAAUUGUUAUAAUUAUUGUUGUAGAAGAGAAAAACAUAGAAUUUAUCAAAUAAAUAAAUGACAGACUAAUAAGUAAGAUUAUUGACAGAAAUAGAUGAUGGAAUAAAAGAUUAAACCAAAAAUCAUCUUAUAGAAAGUUUGAAUAAAUAAUAAGAAAUUCAAUUGAAUCAACAUUUUCUAACUAAAUAUUCAAAUCCAAGUGUUCAAAAUUAUUGCAUUGCUAAAAUAAUAGAUAGAGAAAAAACAUUUCAUAAAUUAAUAAAAAGUUGUGAAUUUUAAGAAUUUGAUUUUGGUAAUGGAAAUAAUGAAAUUAUCAAGAGAAGAAGAUUUAUGUUAGAAAAUAAAUUAAAUUUAAAGAAACCACAUGAAAAUUAUUUAAAACCAUAAUUUCAUAUUCUACCACUUACUGUUAAGAGAGAUGUGGUCAAAAACUUUAGACUCAACAAUAAGAAAAGUGUUUGUUAUUCUAAUUUUAAUAUUACAACACUUACAUAGGUAUAAAAGAGUAAGAAAUAAUCACCAUUGAAAAUAAAAGAAAUAAUGACAGCUAGACCUUCACAAUAGUAAUGUGAUAGUUAUAGUACACAUAUGUUUACUUAGAUUGAUGAUAGACAAUCACUUUGAUUAUAGUUUUAUGUAAUGUAUACUGAUUACAUAUAUUAAUUUAUUUUAUGUCAAGAUCAUCAUCCAGAAGAAAUAGUUAAGCCAUUGGUUCUCUCAUUAACUAUGCCAACUCUGAUGAUACUUAUAAUGUCAAAGCGAUCCUUUAUGAAAAUCACAAUCAUAAUCUGUUAAUCCUAAAAACACAAAAACUAUAUACCUGUAUAAGAUUUGAUAAUAAAAGUAAUUCAUCUUUCUUGUUACAACAACAAUGAACAAUUAAGUGAAUUGUAUUUUUAAUACAUUUAAGCAUAAAUAGAUAAAAAUAUGUAUACAAAAGAAGAAGUUGAACAAUGGGUUAAUUAAUAAAAUGACGAAGGGUUCACUGCAUUGCAUCUUGCAGCUUAUCGAGGAUCAUUGGUAUUAUUAUAUAUAAUAAUAGAAAACCAUUAAAUUACUUGAAUAAUAUGGAGCAAAUUACCUAAUAAAAAACUAUAAUGGUAAAUCAUAACAUCAUAUAAAAGAGUUAACGGUCUUACAUACAGCAUCGUAAGGAGAUUGUCCAUUAACUAUAUAUUAUUAUCUCUAGAAAGGAAUACCAAUUAAUGUAAUAGAUAAUAAAGGUUCAUCUCCUCUUCAUUGGGCUGCAUAUUCAGGAUCAUAUAAUGCUGUGAAUUUCUUGAUUUCAUGGAAUGCUAAUUUAAAUCUUCAAGAUACAGAUACUUUAGUUACUCCUUUGCAUCUAGCUACUAUGCAAGCUAAUUCUAGAAUUGUUAGAAAACUUUUAAUGAAAGGAGCAGAUCGUUCAAUUAAAGAUUCCAGUGGCAAAACUCCUUUAGAUUUAGCAAUAGAAAGUGAUUUCAAAACAAUUGAAACUAUGAUUGUAGAUAUUCUUAUUAAUAAUAGAGAGAUAAAAAUGAUAUUCUAAUCUUUUGUAAUGUUAGAUAGCCAUUCAGACCAGUGAAACAAAAAAGGAAUAGUUAAAUUGCGUUUCUAUCAAUGUAUAUGACUUGCUUUAUUUGUACUAUAGUAUUCACUUUCCCAUGUAAUCAAUUCAAUUUCAUAAUCUUUAGUUGUUAUUAGUACAAUAUGGAUGUGGAUAUUCUUUACUUUAACUAGCAUUACUGUGAUAUUUUUCUUUAUAUCUUGUGCCAAGGAUGCUGGAAUAGUGUAAAUAGACCAUAAAUUAGAUAUGCUUUAAAUAUUAUAACGAUAUGAUUGUUCAAAUAUUUGUGCAGAUUGUAAAGUAUAUAUACAAACACUAAUAUUAGUUAGUUAGACCUAAGAGAUCUAAACAUUGUGAUGUUUGUUAAAAAUGCGUUAUGGUAUAUGAUCAUCAUUGUCCAUGGAUAAAUAAUUGUGUAGGAGCAAAGUAACUAAAUUAAUUAAAUUAGGAAUCAUUUUGUGUUUUAUUUUUUUAUUAUUAGUUUGUUUUCAGAAUUCAUUUUACAAUUAUUUAUACAAUUCUCUCAUUAUAAAUCCAAUACUGUUUAAAGAUGGUUUACUAAUACUGAAGAUUGGCUUUUAACGGGAAAAGAGUUUACUUUUUAUUAUGUCAUAGUUUAUUGUUUUCUAUUUCUUGUACCUUUGGGGUAAUUAAAUGUUAUAAUUUAGUAUUCUGAUCUAAAUUUAAACAAUUAAUUUAUUGACAGGUUAAACAACUUUUGAAAGACAUAGUUUAGGAGCACCUGAUUCAAAAAAUGAAAAAUCAAAUGAAAAAAGUGCAAUAAAUAGAAGUGAAGAAUAAUCAAUGGAAUCUACAGAAUAAGGAUAAGGUGGAACAUAAUAAUCAAUUCAUGAUCAAUAAUUAAAAAUGGAGUAAUCACAUUUGAGUUUGGGAAACUGUUUUUAAAUGUGCUUUGUAAAUAAAAAGAAAAAAGAAUAUAGUAGUGAAUUAGCAACAGAAUUUAUUGAACUCUGA